AUGAACUCCGCCGCUGCAAAACAACGUGAAGCCGACGCCGUCAAGGAAUCAGCGCCCUACGGCAAGGCGUGCGCCGGCUGCGUCAGGGCCAAGUGCAAGUGUGUCCUCCAGCCUCAGCCUCGGCCCAGCAACAGUCGCACGUGUGAACGCUGCGUACGACUGCAGAAGGACUGUGUGGCGGCCCCCGUGGUGCGCAAGAGGGUGAACCGUACGGCCAAGGGGCGGACGGCCAAGCUAGAGGAGAAGCUUGACUCACUCGUGAGCUUGCUCUCCCAGCAGGGCCAGCAGCAGCAGACGCCGCACCCUCACAGCCAACCUACGUCGGAUUACGCGUCGCGGUACGGGUCUGAGAAGUCGGACAGUGUCUCUCACGAAGCGCGAGAUGCUGCGAGCCCUGAGAAACAACAACAGAAUGCUGACCCUCCCAUGCGCGGUGCCCCAAGCAGGGACAUGAACACGGAUGAAGACGACGCACGAUGCCUACGCUUGUUCCGCGAGAACUACCUACCGUCAUUCCCAUACUUCCAUGUAGCAGAGAGAACAACACCAGCUGACCUGCAGCGGGAGUACCCCUUUCUCUGGCGGGUCAUGCAGGCUACAUGCGCCAGCUCGACGGGGGAGCAGAUGCGGUUGGAGCGCGAGCUUCGGCAAGAAACGGCGCGGGCCCUCCUCAUCGACCUCGAACGUGACAUGGACCACCUGCUGGGCCUCAUAGGCUACGUGAGCUGGCUGCACAGCAAGUUUCGCGGCAAACCGACGCUCAACGUCUUUGGCAACCUGGCCCGCAGCAUGAUGUUCGACCUCCACCUGGACAGACAUGCCACGGAGCUGCCGUGCCGCGAGCUGGAGCCCGGCAAGGCCUACGGCUGCCCCGUGAAGAAGGCGGUGCUCGAGGUGGUCUGGACCAAUGUGGAGAGGCGUGCCGUGCUGGGCUGCUACAUUAUGUGCGCGUGCCUCUCGUGGUUCAUCAAGACGGCGGCCGUGGGCUGGACACCGCACAUGGACAUGUGUCUCCAGGCCCUGGCGGCACAGGCUGAGAGCGACCAAGACCACGUCCUCGUCGCCAUCGCUCGCAUCACCACCAUCCUCGAGGAGGUCAACGCGCUGUCCAUGUGGCGGCCUGCUGAGACGAGACCCGCGUGCCAGGCCUCGCUGGCGUCGGGCGCGUCGCCUGGCGUGCAUGUCAAGACCCUCCGGGGCAGCCUCGAGACAAUGAAGAGCGCGACACCGCCCGAGGUGCUCGAGAACAAGUACGUCGUCUCGCAUCUUUCCGCCGUCGAGGCCAUGAUCUACGAACUCGCCCUGCACCACACGCCGCUCACCAACAACUGGGUCGCCAUGACGCGCACGACCGCCCUGACGAGCUGCCUCGCCGCCGCCGCGCGCUGCAUGGACAACUUCCUCGCCUUUACGCCCGCGCAGGUCUCCGGCCACGCGAGCCCGAUUCACCUCCACUUUAGCGCCAUGACGCAUAUUAUCUACCGGCUCUGCCUGCAGGACGACCCGUGCUGGGACCGCGCCCAGAUUCUGCAGACGGUGGACCUGCUCGGCACGCUCGAGCGCGCGGCGGUGCUGUACGGGGCGGUGCCGGCGGCCGUGGGGCUCGUCACGGAUGAGGACGACGUGUACACGCGCGGGAGCGAGAUGAUCAGGGGCGCCGUGAUCGGCUGGAGGCGUACGUUUGAGGAGGUUGGCGCGCUGACGCCUAGUGAGGUGCCCGAGGCGGCUUCAACUGCGCCGCUCACGUGGGGGCCCGAGCUCGAUGCGUGGUUGAUGGACUGGGCGUCUGGGGGGGUCGAGGACGCAUUCCAGUUUUCGUAG